AUGCGUCCUAAAUCCCUGCAAUUAGUGUUGUUGCUAUUCCUGGGUGUGUCGCUUGUCAGCACUUCUUCUCUUGGUGUUGAUCACCACAGAUCAAUACACGAGCCACUUCCUUUGGGAGCAGCAAACUCCUUUGAACAAGAGUCUCUGCCAGUGCCAGGUGGCAAACAUCUCAAGGGACCAAAGAGCAAGCUUGCAAACCAAGAGUGCUGGCGGCGACCACCCCGAUAUCCGGCUCCAGAACCAAGGCACAGGCCAUCACCACGGCCUCCACCACCAAGCUUCAAUCCCCCACCACCCCCAGAUCUCUACCCGCCACCUUCCCCUCCAAUUCUCAAUCCCCCACCGCUCCCAAGACACCGCCCGUGGCCACCACCCCACGGCCUCCACCACCAAGCUUCAAUCCCCCACCACCCCCAGAUCUCUACCCGCCACCUUCCCCUCCAAUUCUCAAUCCCCCACCGCUCCCAAGACACCGCCGGUGGCCACCACCCUGCUGUCGAUUCCCAAUACACUGCGAUGAUUAUUGUUAAGCCGCCAAUUACCCCACUAUGA